AUCUUCAGGGUUGGAGUGUGUGUGCUUCUUCUUCUCAAUCGUCACGUCGUGUGGGCAGCUGCUGCGGAGCGCGCUGCAAGCAAAUAAGAAUUGAAAAAGAAGGAAAAAACCGCAUUAAAAUUUGUGAAAAAGUGCACAAAACACGUUUAAAUUAAGCCUAAAAUUCAGGGUGUUAAGCGAAUUUGGAAAAUACAUUGCACAAAAACAUUCACAGCGAGAACGGGCAGUUAAAGAGAGUUUGACUACGAAAUAAACAAGAAAUAGCAGCAAAGGCCGAAAGCAGAAGUCAGUGUGUAAGUGGAUACCUCUAAAUGGCUGCCACAACAACAACAACAACACUAGCAACAACCACCAAUAUAAGCAACAACAACAACAUUAGCAACAGCAGCAGCAACAACAACAACAAUCACAUUGUAACGGUACACACCGUUUUAAACACACCCACCUCCGCAGCAGCAGCAGCAACAGCAGCAGACGCGGCAACUGUUGCCAUAGCCAAGGACAUGCUGCAGCUUCAUCAUGGCGCCGCUGCAGCGUUAAACAACAACAAUAAUAACAAUAAUAAUAAUAAUACUAUUAACAAUAGCAGCGCCGAAUUGGCAAACAAUCAAAAUAAUAACAACAACAACAGCAACAACCACACAGCAAACCACCCACCUGCCCAUGCCCACACCCAUGUUGUAGUCGGAUCGAGUUCACCCCCAGCAGCAGCAGCAAAUGCAGCUGCUUUUGGUGUGCUGCGCUUCAAUGAGGAUCUGUUGCAUAUAACGGACGAGGUGACAGUGAUUGGACGCAACUCGUCCACAUCCCUGGUGCACUUCAACGUGGCCGAGAACAAUUUGGUGUCUCGCAAACAUUUCCAGGUGCUCUACGAUCCGGAGCGUCGCGCCUUCUUUGUGCAGUGCCUCAGCAAGAAUGGCAUAUUCGUUGAUGAUUUCCUGCAGCGACGCAAUGUGGAUCCACUGCGAUUGCCGCAACGCUGUUUCUUUCGAUUUCCGAGCACCGAGAUACGCAUCGAGUUUGAGAGCUUUGUGUCUGCGCCGGCGGACAGCAGUGCGAACGAUGCCGCCGCCGCCGUCGCACCCAUCCUAAGCAGUCCGGCUGGAGCAGCAGCGGCAGCUGCAGGUGGAACUGCUGUUGGCCAUGUCAUAAUAACGCCGCCGCCACGUGACGAACUGCACUCGUUGCAAGCGUCGCAUCAUCACAACCAGCACCAGCAGCAGCAGCAGCCAGCGCAUCACAGCAUGCAACAGCAGCAGCAACAGCAGCAAUCGCUGCCACAGCAUCAUCCCCUCCCACUCCCACAUACAACACAACACCUGCUUCACAACACAUCGCUGCAACAGCAGCAGCAGCAGCAGCGCCUUCCCGGCGGAGCAACGCCAGCUGCUGCCACACAGCUGUUGGCCGGCGGCGGCGUCGAUGGAACUGCUGCCAUCUACUCACCACUCAAGAUUUCAAUACCCAAGAAGGAGCAGAAGAGUCCCUAUCUGUCACCAACUGGUACAAUAAGCGCUGCCAACAGUUGUCCGGCUAGUCCUCGUCAGGGCUUUCACCAGAAUCAGGCCAACAGCUACAACAAUUAUAGCAACAACAAUACGCAGGAUCUAUUCCAGACACCGUCUACAGCCAGUUAUAACCACAAUGAGAAGCCGCCGUAUAGCUACGCUCAGCUAAUUGUUCAGGCCAUAUCUGCCGCGCCCGACAAACAGCUGACACUCUCUGGCAUUUAUUCAUUUAUUGUCAAGCAUUAUCCCUACUAUCGCAAGGAGACCAACAAGGGCUGGCAGAAUUCCAUACGUCAUAAUCUCAGUUUAAAUAGGUAUUUCAUCAAGGUGGCUCGCUCGCAGGAUGAGCCCGGCAAGGGUUCGUUCUGGCGCAUCGAUCCGGACAGCGGCGCCAAGCUGAUCGAUCACAGCUAUAAGAAGCGUCGCCAGCGCAGCAGCCAGGGCUUUAGGCCGCCAUACGGAAUGCCGCGCUCGGCACCCGUCUCGCCCAGUCAUAUGGAUAACUCACGCGAGAGCUCACCGCUUCAGGACAUUGUGCUGCAAUCGGCACCUGGCUCACCCGGCAUGUCUCUCGAGCAGCGCGCCGCCGAUGCUGAAAUUAUCUACAACUCUCAAAAUGCACACCAGCACCAACAGCAGCAGCAACAGCAGUCGCAACAGCAACAGCCGCCACAAACGAUGGCCAAUAAUUCCAAUCAAUUCAACAGUGGCAGUCCAUACUACGUAACCAAUCAAAAUGCCGGCGUUACUGUGCAGCAGGCGCAUGUGGAUGGCGGUGGAGGUGGAGGUGUUGGCGCUUUGAUUGCGCUCAAGCGAAAUCACAUAAUGACCGUGUCGCAUCCGGCGCCACCAACGCUCCAUCAACAGCAGCAGCAGCAACAACAGCAACAGCAUCCUGAGAUUAUCUACGAAGAGCUGCCAACGGAUUAUAGCGGUCACAUGGAUGCCGCCGAGGAGGAGUGCGUCACGGCGACAGAUGCCACAGCGGCCAAGCGUCCCAAAUACGUAUCCGAGGUGCUCUGAUGCGUACGCAUCCAGAAGCAGCAACACAACAAAGGCAAAUCGUAAUUCGCAGUGAAACGCUGUGUGUGGAAAUCGGCGGCGGAGCGGCAGCGACGGCGGAAACUCAGAACCGUUAGAAACCAAGCAAAAAUGCAAAACAAAGCCCACUUGAAGGAAACAACUUCCAGAAAGCAUAAAAUUAAAAAAAAAAUCUAUAUAUAUAUAAAACAGAAAGAAAAAAAAGUAUCUCCAUCUUGUAUAUUGAAUUUGCCAAUCCCCCAAAACACCAUUGAAAUCCAAGCGGAAACAAACAAAAAACGAGAAAAAAUGCGAAGAAAAACCAAAAUUGAAACGGAAAUGUUUAUAAAUAAUAUAACUGUGAGAUUGUGUUUUAAGUGUUUAAGACCGUACAACGGUUAAGACGGCAUGCAAACACUUUUCAAAAAAAAGUCCUCAUUUACGAUUUAACCCUUAGCUCUGACGAAUUCAAUAUGCUCGAUGACGCUACUCUCUAAGUACAUAUAAUAAAAAUUAAGGUUUAAAUCGAAGUAAUGCAAAUAACACACACAAAAAAAAAGCAAGCUA